CAGCCCACUAUGUUUCACAGUUUUUUAGUUUAUGCUGACUGGAGUGCCGGACCGAGAAGCAGCAGCUGUGUGUGAGUGAGUAAUGCUGUGGAAUAACAUUGAUUUGGCUGUAGAGAAUGCUGGAUGGCUCAAAUUAUAAAUCUGUAGGAACUGGAAUUAGAAUAUAUUUAUAAAACUAUAAAAGACAUAUAUUAUUUAGUUUGAUCAUAGUUUGUUUGUUUAGUGAGUUAUAUUGUAGAACAUCUGUUGAUAUCAGCAAUAAGCAGCUUUAUUGAAGAGUCAUGCUACUGUCAAUUUAUUUCUUGAAAACUUCACAGUGAUGUUUUUAAUUGUUGUGACUUUUAUAUUUACUGUAAAUGGUAAUUAAUAAAGCAUAUGGAUGUGGUAGUACUGUUCUCGUAAUUCAUUUUCGAGCAUUUUUUUAUAUUUGCUGUUUUAGCCAUAGAGCAGGUAGUGGUGAAUAGGUUUUGAGUAUCUUCUGUAAACUGCAGAUGUCAUGCAUUAGAAUGUCUAUCUAGGUGCUUUAGCACAUCUGACUCUGCGUAAAAAUAAACAGGAAACCUCACACACAGUCAUGCUCCAGGUUUUGCUCCUUCUGGCAGCUCUUUUUGAGUGUCAAGUUUGUCUUGCCAACAAUAUGGGCUCUGCUCACCUCACUAUUCAAUAUCGUGUCUGGGAAGAACAGCCACCUGGGACAAGGGUGGGCCGCCUCCUGGAUGAUCUACGUGAGCGUGGGGAAACAGGGUCACUAGAAAACUUCCAGGUCGUCCAGCAUGGGCAUGCCCUUCCGGUGACAGUUGCUUCAAGAGAUGGUACAGUGUCCACGUUUGGCCGGCUGGACAGAGAGGAGCUAUGCUGGGGAACAGAACUUUGUGAACUGGCCUUCAAUGUUCUCUACAGAAAAGGUGGUGCUAUGCAUUUACUCUCAGUUCGUGUGGAGGUGAUGGACCUAAAUGACCACAACCCAGUUUUUCCUAGUCUACUGCAGGAGGUGGAGAUCUCUGAGACUGCUUCACUGAGAAUGCGAAUUCCUCUUGAUCGGGCUGCAGAUCCAGAUGCAGGGCCAAAUGGCCUCCAGACCUACACCCUGUCUUCUAACCAGCACUUUGCUUUGGACGUCCGUUCUUUUGGGGGGGCUAAGCAGGCUGAAUUAGUGGUCACCAAAGAACUGGACAGGGAGUUGCAGGCCUCUUUAGAACUGGAGUUAAUAGCCUGGGACAAAGGAAACCCACCAAAAUCAGGCAGCACAAAAAUUAUUGUCACAAUUCUUGACUCAAAUGACAACAGCCCAAUAUUUGAGGAAGCCCCUUCAGUUAUUGAGCUAGCAGAGAACACAAUUCGUGGGACAAUUGUCUUAAAUCUUCGUGCUACAGACCCCGAUCAAGGUGCUAAUGGGGAAGUUGAGUACUCCCUUAGUAAGCAUUCCCCACUGGAAGUACAAAGACUAUUUAGCAUUCAUCCCAAAACAGGUGCUUUGACUUUACAAGGCCCUUUAGAUUUUGAAGAGAAGAAUGUAUAUGAGGUAGACAUCCAAGCUCGAGAUCUAGGGCCCAAUGGUAUCCCAUCUCACCACAAGUUGCAAAUUAAAUUGCAAGAUAUAAAUGAUAAUGCUCCCCGCAUACACAUUACAUGGACUCCCCCAGACUCCCCUGUUGCGACAGUCACAGAGGGAGCACCAAAUGAAACUUUCCUUGCUCUUGUGAUGGUAUCUGAUGCAGAUUAUGGGGCAAACGGGCAGGUACAAGUGCACAUUUUGACUGGUUCUGGCCCUUUCAGACUCAAACAAAUCCAUGGAGACAACUACAUGAUUGUUACCAAUGGCACUCUGGAUCGUGAGAAACAAAUGGAAUAUAACCUUACUCUUCUCGCUCAAGACAGUGGUGAUCCAUCUCUGUCCUGCAUUAAGCACUUGACUGUCCAUGUUUUGGAUGAAAAUGAUAACCCACCAAUUUUUACCAAGAGCCACUACCGGAGUAUCCUGAAAGAGAAUAACACACCUGGCUUCCAUUUCUUGACUGUGGAGGCACAUGAUGUUGACCUGGGUCUCAGUGGACAGGUAUCUUUCUCCAUUAGAGAGUCAAAUGAACUGGGGACACCAACAGCAUUUUUCUCUGUUCACCCCAGCAGUGGGGAAGUGACUGUCCAGCAAUCAUUAGACUAUGAGGAAUCCCGCGUCUACUCAUUUAUUGUGGAGGCUGUGGAUCAAGGGUACCCACCAAUGACCAGCAUUGCAGCAGUGCUGGUUGAAAUACAGGAUGUUAAUGACAAUUACCCCAUAAUUUAUGAGCCUCUACCCAAGAAGGGGAUUGCAUUGCUAAAUGUCCCAGUGAAUGUGGACAAAGGGGAGAUUGUGACUGAACUUGGAGAUAAAGCAAUGGAGGAUAAUUUCCACAAACAUAGAAAUUACUCUUCCCUCAACAAACCUGAAGGAUUUCUGGCCACCACAAUUAGGGCUAGUGAUCCAGAUUCUGGUCUCAAUGGAAGACUCAAUUUUGGAAUAACAGGCGGCAACCCUUCUAAUAUAUUUUUUCUGGACAAAACAUCUGGGGAGUUCUAUGUUAACACAACUAAUGCCACAGAACUUAUUGGGAGAACAUUUAAACUGGGAAUUGAAGUAUCUGAUAUGGGAACUCCAAUACUAAGCACAAGAACCACUUUGGAAGUGACUUUCAUUAAUUUUCGUGACCAUCUGAAGAACUUGUCUCAUGAUAACCAGGCCCAGUAUAGCUUUACAAUGCUUUUGGCCAUCUGCCUUGGAUCUACCUGUCUGGUAUUAUUUUUAAUCAUUGCUUUAGCCAAGACAUUCUGUCACCCUAACAAACGGGACAACCGUGCUUACAACUGUAGACAAGCUGAGUCCACGUACACUCGCCACCCACGACGGCCUCAGAAGCACAUUCAAAAGACUGACAUCCAGCUGGUGCCAGUGCUUCGGGGUCGUAGAGAAACGUCUCAAGAAGAUGAAGCUGAGGCAUUAUCAUCUACAUCACCCUUAGUGGAAAAAGCACAUUCACAGAGCCAGUUUACCUUUACACCAACACUUGCUCGCAUGACUCAAAAUCAAGCUCAUACAGAAAUGGAUGGGAACCUGCCACUCACUCAAAGCAAGAUACUCAAAAAGCCUGGGAGCAUAGAGUGGAAUGGAACACUUCCAUAUACCUCAGGAACCCCAUGCCGGACCCUGCAAAAGACAAGAAAUUCUUCCUCAUCAUCAUUUGCAAACUCACAGGCUAGUACGCUCAGACGAAAUAAAAUUGAAGAAUCCAAGCCCACUAGCAUGGACACCUCACAAACUGUGACUUCAGUUUCUAGUAAUCAGGCAACAUUGCGGAGACCAAAGACCACAGAAAAAAGAGGAAGGAUGGAAGAAUCAGACCAAAGGCAGAUCCUGAGGAACCUUGUUAGACUCUCUAUGGCAGCCUUUGCAGAAAACGGUUCUUUUGAACUAUCUUCUGCCUCACCUGAAGUGCAACAGGUGUCUCAGCUCCUGUCUCUGUUGCAUCAGGGGCAACUUCAGCCUCGACCAAAUUUUCGUGGCAACAAGUAUUCCCACAGAGCUGGCAGGUCAGGGGCCCAGGAUGCUGAUUGGCUGAGCACUAAAGACAGUGGUCAUGGUGAGAGCGAAAUGGGUGAUAUGGACUGGGAAACAGGCAGAGACUCACCUGUGGACCACUUGUAUGAAGAAGGACUCAAUAAUCUACUGACUUCUGAUGAUGUUUUCUCAGACGUUCCUGAUCCAGCAUGGAUGGCUCGUCUUUCUCUUCCUCUGUCAACCGACUACCAUGAAAACCUGUUCAUCCCGGAUGGUCCACCGUCCCCUGAUGCCCUCUGUACCAUGAGCAGUCUUGAUGAUUUCACCUCCUUCUCCACUUUCGGCAAAACCCUGGAGUCGCAGCCACUGGGUGGCAGAGCUCUGAUGUCAGAAGUGAGCUCUCUGUUUGAGAUGCUGUUGACACAAAAAGCAGACGCACAGUCAUGUCCACCGGCCGAUGUUCUCUACAGACUCUCAGCAGCUUAUGGACGAUCACUCGGCUUAGAUGUACCUGUAAAUGGAGGUGCUGUUACCUCACGCCAACAAGCGCAGACUUCUAUAAUGUAGUAUGCCAACCCUAUCCCAUAACGGGUUUCAUGCAGUCUUUGGGAGCAAUAGAAUGACUCCAUGUCAGUGGCCAAAACAGCUUGUAAUAUACAAGCGCUUUUUUAAACCCAGGUCUGUCUGGAACAGGCCGAACGAAACUUUUUUUAAUAUAAAAAAACAAUAAACAACAAAAACAAAUAAACAUUUGUAGUGCAUGAAAUAAGACUGAAAAGAACUUGUAUUUUUUGUGGUUCUUUUGCGACAAGAAUACAGUUUUGUAAAUUGCUAUUCAACAUUUUAAAUCCUGAUGAACUCAAAGCAGGUUUUUUUGUUCUUCUUUUGUGUUGAAAAGAAUCAAAAUACAUGAUCAGCAAAAUACUGUGAGCAAACAUCUUGUCUCUGCUGAUAAUGGUGUUCAGAUGAAUAUGUGCUGAGUGUUUUACCCUCAAUAACUAUAAAUGUAAACAACUGAAUUAUGAAAACCACUGUUAAGAAAGCAUCUGAUUUGAUGAUGUGGAUAAAACAGUAUCUGUUUUUACUCAUGUAUGUUUAGCCUCAAUGGACUGAACAAAAUAUUUCACCUGUAAAAGGUUUACAAGUUGAAAUUGACUGACAAAUUAUACAGCGGGCACAGAGAUGUUGCAGAACUGAAAAUGUUCCCUCAAAUUUCUCUUAGUUUAUUAUGGUUUCAAACUCUUGAAACAAACUCAAAACAAACCUGAUUUUGUUACGAAUUAGGUUGUCCUUUCAAACUUCAAACAGUGAGCAUAACAGACUUGAAAUGUAUGUGGUUAUGUGAGUCAUUUAUCAUAUUUUCAUUAUUUUCAUUUAUCAUAUUAUCAUUAUUUAUUUUAUGUUGAACACUUGUUGAUUCUACAUCAUUCCAAUUGACUGCAAAUCAACAUCGAUUCAACAUUAGGUAGUCAAAAUAAUUACAUCAAUUAAACAAUAGGUAGACAAAAUGAUUACAUCAAUUUCAUGUUGAAUACAGGUUGAUUCUAUAAGGUGGAUUCAAUCAACUGAAAAUCAACAUCGUUUCAAGGUUAGGUAGUCAAACCAACUAGAUCGAUUUUAGGUUGAAGACAUAAUGAUUAUACAUUGUUCCAAUCGACUGCAAAUCAACAUCAAUUUAACAUUAGGUAGGCAAACAGUUUCUUCGAUUUUAUGUUGAAUGUGUUGAUUCAAUAAGAUAAUUUUAAUCGACUGAAAAUCAGCAUUGAUUCAAGGUUAGGUAGUCAAACCAAUUAGAUCAAUUUUAUGUUGAACACAUGCGGAUACUAUGUUUUUCCAACCAACCACAAAUCAACAUUUUUUCAAUGUUAGGUAGUCAAACCAACUAGGUUGAUUUGUGUUUAAAAUGUUGAUUCUAUAACAUUGUUUCGCUUUAACAUUGUGUUAGUUAAUCAAUUGCACUGAUUUCACAUUAGAUUUGAAUGACGUGUACGGUAAUUCAACAUUACUCUGAUGAGCAAAGCUAUGUCGAGUUGAUGUCAGAGUUCAACGUCGUGUUGAUGUUGUGAGAAACAAUGAUUUCAGGUUGAAAUAUGUUAGUUUGCUAUUUCAGAUAUUACCUAACUAAGCCAUUUAUUACAAUUCUACAGUAUUACAAUAAUGAAAUAUGUUCUAGUUCAUAAAAAUGCAAUCUAAAAAUUCUAUCGUAACACCUUUAGGUGAACACCUUUUGUACACAAGCCUAUAAUGUUCAUUACCAUGAAUACACAAAGGAAUAUUUGAGAAUUAAUUCAGAAUAAUUGGGUAAUUUACAGUGAACAUAUACUCCAGUGAAUUCUAAAUACUAAAAAGUGUCAUUCUUGUUUAGUAAAAACAUUUUAUGCAAGAAAAUGUAUUAUAAUUCUGACUUGUUAGUGUUUAUAGUCAUUAUUUUGUUAGUAAUUUGUUUGUUUGGUGUUAACUUUGCUUGUACUCUGGAAAUAUGAGUAGAUUUGAGACGUUGAUGAAGUAAUUUGGUAGUAUUAGUGCAUUUUAAAUGUGAACAAUUACUGCUGUAAUUUUUUUUUUUGUUUGAAAAUUGUGGGACACAUUUCGGGAAUUGAGUCAAUACUAAUAAUUAUUCAUUGUAAUUAAUUCACUUUGUUUAGUGCAUAAUAUGAAAAAGAAACACUUAUUCAAGUGUCUUUCUCUGAGAAGAAACGCUAGGCUCCACAGGUCGCCACUAGAUGGAAGAUUUCAGGUCUGAGGAGCGCCCACUGCUGGCUAUUUUUGGUUAUUUUUUAUGUUAAUUCACUGAUGUAAAUACGCUGUUUAUUUGUUUUAAGUGCAGUUCCUGCUGUAGUCAAAUAAUUACGAAAGAUACCUAAAAUUAUAUUCAAGACUUUGUCACUGUAAGGACUGAAAGAACACGCAACAAAAUUCAGUUAUGCUCUGAAUGUAACAUUUGAUUUUUUUUUCUCACUUUUUUGAGUAAAUUAUUGGUAUCAAAACUAAGAUGUAUAAUUCUGGCAACAUCAUUUUGUAUAUAAAUGUAAUACUCUGUUUUUAUUCUUAUAAUUCACAGCACUUUUUGUAGUCCCAUUUAAGCAGAAUAAAUGAUUUUAUAAACUUU